GGCCUUGAUGAUACAUGUGUUGGAGUAUAAUGUGUUCUCUCCUCCAUCCACAGGGGUCCUUCAGGGGAUGUCAAGGAGGAGGAUGUCUGGGUUAAGGAUGAGCCCAUUGAGGAGCUGGACACUGUCAACACCACCACCUUCACUCCCAAGCCUGAAAGCACUUGGACCGAGGACUCUGGUGCCCAACACACUCCCCACACAGCUGAAGGCAGCACGGCACGGCUGCACGUGGCCGCUGCAGCGCUGCCACAGGAGCCAGCCGCAGACCAGGACAACAGCGGCUCAGACACCGAUGAGGCGGGUCAACUUGAGGAUGACGACGAAACACAGGAGGUGACUCGACUCCCAACCAGGAAGCCUGGAAGUGUUCCACCAAACACAAGGCCCCAAAAUCCACACAGAAAAGGGCUGAAAUCAGCGGCUGUUCUCCUGACAAAUGAGCAGGAGCGUGACCUGGCAGAAUGGCUUGAGUUAGAAGUGCCUUUCAUAUAUAACAAGGCACACAAGGAUCAUGUGGACAAGAUCAAGGUGAACAGGGCUUGGGAAGAGAAGGCCGCCUCCCUCGAUCCCCCCAUCACCGGUAACCAGCUUUCAACCUGGUACGACUCAGUCCAUACCAGAUUUACCAAAGUAACCAAGCCCACCGACAAGAGUGGACAGGGGGCCCAGAAGCUACUGACGAUGCGGGAGCAGUGGAUCACACAUGUGUUCUCCUUCCUUACGCCCCACAUCAUUCGACAGCGAAGAACCAACACCCUUGGGUUACAGCCUGCUCAGGUCCCUGCUGCCCCUGCCGAGCCGUCGCAGGCGCCCACCCCCAUUGUCCCCAGCAGCACCCCAUCGCCAGACACUGUCCCGGGACUCCAGCAGGCGCGGGCCAACAUCCACAAGGCCAAGGCCGAACACCGGGCCGCCCUGCUAGAUGAGAUUCGGGAACAGAGUACUUCCUUCAGGGAGUUUGUCGCCGAAACCCUGGCUCCACCACCCAAUGAGAAAGACCCCCCAGGCCUCCACUAUUGGAAUGAUUACUUCGGGUACAUUAAGUACGAUUGCCUGGAGAUUGGGGGGAGGCUCAGGGCUGACCUGGCCAUGGAGAUCACGGCCCUCAUCAACCGAUGGAAGAGGCUGGCUGAAAGUGGGGUCGAGGUGGUCCCCAGGGACUUCAUGGUGAACAUGAUAGCGUCAGUGGAGGAGGGGAAGAAAGCAGCACCACAACAUGUUGCCCAGGCCCCAACACAAGCCCACAGCGUUCCCCUGGGGGGAAUGACCAUGGUCCAACCCACAAGUACCCUGUUGCACCACCCCUCCACCAGUACCACCGUCUUCAGACCACAGCAGCAGGUGGUGGGCCAACCCCAGGUGAUACACAGACCACCAGCAGCUUCGACCCCCUACGAAGGCAACACAUCACUGCAGAGCCUGGGGAUACCUGCCAGCUUUGUUCUGGACCACCUGCCCCACAACUUCAGCAACGCCCCCAGUACCAGUAACACCCCAAGUACCCCAGUGCACACACCUUCCACAACCCUACACACACCCCAAAAUUAAUAAUCUUAUCUUUAAAAGUGGCUACCUUCCAAGAAGUAAGAAAAUACUUAAAUAAUCGCGUACUUGGUGGGUGGAUAGACUUUGGUUGCAAUAAACUAUCUUUUGUGAUAUAAGUGCCUUACAUCUGGAGGAGUUCUUAUUGCUAGGUGUAUGAUUUUUUGUAAUAAAAAAUGUA